AUGACUGAGGAAAUAAAAGUAACGUUUGUGAUUCCAAAGCAUUAUCAAAAUGAAAAUGAAUGCCCAGAAGAAAUGCAACUAGCUUUUAUCGUUUGUGAACAGCAUCGUGGGGGUGGACUUCAAGCACAAUGGGUAAACGAAAGUAGCUGGGAAAAUUUCAGUGGUUUAACUAAAAGGGAUGUAUUUGUAUUACAAGAUUUUGAAGGAGAACUCUACGAACGAUUGAGAACUACCAAAUGUUUAAUUGUUGGGCCACGCUGUUUGUCAUGCUGCCUGACUGAAGGUGUCCCUAUACCGUCAGGUCCGGAACCAGUAUAUACUGUUGCUAUGAGAGGUCUGGUUAUCACUGCUAGUGGAUUCACAAAACCUAAGAAAGACAAUAUAAGGAAAAAGGUGCAACGGAUGGGCGGAUUGUAUAGCACAGUUUUAACAGAUGACACAACUCAUCUAGUGUCCGACACAGUCCUGUCUGAUAAGUAUAUUAAAUCAGUUGAAAAAGGCAUACCAGUAAUGUCGGAGAGUUGGGUGGAUGCAGUAUGGGAAAAAUCAUUGCAUUUGAAUGUCAAUGGCUCCUCGCCGGACUUCUGUGGUCACAAGUUGCCUGUCUUUGCCAAUUUACAAGUGACCACUUCAGGGAUACCCAAACGUGACAAGCAGAUGGUGAUGAAACUUGUCAAUGAGAAUGGUGGCACAUUUUCAGGGGCAUUUCAAAGUGAAACAACGGAUAUUGUUGUUUUGACAAAAGAAGGGGUAGGCAGUGAGAAGUACAAAGCAGCAUUAGAGUACGGCAAGGCUUGUGUUCUGCCCGCGUGGGUAAAAGAUUCGGCUAUGAAAGGCGUAGCCUUGCCUCUAGCUCAGUACAGAGUCGCCGGAGCAUCCACCUCCUCCCCACUGGCUGAACAUCGCUUACCAGACAUGAGUUUAAAUUUUUCACGUAUCACAAAUCUGAGACCUCCCAGCAAUUUUGUUGAUGAAACUAGGUCUACGGAUGUGUCCACAAUGUCAGGAAAAAUGAAGUUAUCGCAAGAAAUGUCUUCAAAAAAAAGUGAUACAAGUAUGGACAAGGAUGUACUGGCUGCAUUUGAAAAUUUCGAUAUGAGCGACAUUAAAAAGGCAGGACCAAUAUUUGAUGGAUUUUGUAUAUGGGUGUGCGGGUUGGAGGGCGUGUACCGCGAGCGGGCGGCCGCGUGCGUGUCCCGCGGCGGCGGCGUGCGGUACGACUGCCCGCACGAGCGCGUGACCCACUGCGUGGCGGGGUGUCACGCGGCCGCGGUGGUCGCCCGUACACGGCUGCCGCACGCGCCGGUGCUGUCGCCGCUGUGGCUGCUCAUCGACGUUAAACCGGCGACUCCGAUGAAAUCCAGCGCUCGUAAGCCGAGAAUCGAAGCCGCAUCUCCUAUGAGCAAGCGCAACUUGCAGCUACUGAGGCGUGGGCCUCUAGAUCUGCCUCCGCCGACUGUCGAAGUAGAGGAACCGGUUCAGGAUGAAAUUGUCAAUCAUUAUUUGAGUCAACCCAUGCCAGAGCCAGGGUUAGAGCCGUUAAAGGAAAAAUCCGAACCUGAACAGCCUACAACAAAUACAACGAAUCAACGGUCUGACGUUACAGAUUUCACACAAGAACCUACAGAAGAGAUAGAGCAGAUAUUCAGGGGGCUUAAGAUAGAGGUGCAGGGGUUGGAGGAGGAGGCGAUCUGCGAGGUGGGCGCGGAGGUGGGCGCGGCGGGGGGCGCGGUGGUGGCGGCGGGCGCGGGGGGCACGCACGUGCUGGUGCCGCUGGACUUCGACCGGGCGGAACUCGUCACCGCUGGCGCCGAAGCGGUCACCGUCUUCUGGCUGAAAGACUGUUUAUCGCAGCAGGAGUUAGUAGACAUUCAGUACUACCACAGACCGGUGAAGGUUGCCCAGUGGAAUGACACGCCGCCUCUGAAGGGGGUAGUAGCAAGUCUUAGUACAUACAGCGGCAUAGAGAGGGCAUUCCUGGACGAGUUGGCCAAAUUACUAGGCGCUACCACGCAACUUCGCUUCUGUAGACGAAAUACAGCUAAUGCAUUAGCGUCGACUCAUCUUAUAUGUCCCACUCCCACUGGGGAUAAGUACUUGGGCGCGGUCAAAUGGGGAUUGCCCGCCGUCAAAGCGACGUGGCUGCUCCAGUGUGCAAAGGAAGGCAAGAGGGUGAGCGAGAGGGAAUAUCUAGUCGGUGACACCAAAGCUCCCCCUUCACCAGAAAAACCUAAUAAGCCUAUAGAAGAAGUAACGGACACAACAGUUAAAGACAAAGAGAAUGAAAUGCUACCACCGAUAAAAGCGGCGGUACCCAGAAGACUCUCUGUGCCCAGUAGAGAAGGCACGCCUAAAAGCAAAAACUUAGAUCCUGAGGACAUGUCGCCCGCGUCGCGUUAUAUCGCGAUGGCACGUCAAGGUCUACUCGGUAGCGACUCACAGGAAACCCCCAAGAGAAUGCAAGACUUGAAAGAAGAUGCGAAACAAGGCGCUGUCCAGCCCCAACCUGGCGCGGCUGAGCCCCACCACGCGGCGGCGGCUGCGCGCGCUGCGCCAGGGGGAGAUGCCCUCCGACCCCUUGACAAAAAUCCGGACACGCCGGACAGCGCGUUCGGCGCGGCGUUACGGCCUGGCUCCGGCCGCCUGUCGCCGGACGCACGGAAACGGCUCUGGAAAUUCGUCAACGAUCUGCCUAGUAAAGAGCAGACACCAAAAGAAAAACAUACGCCUCUAUCGGAGAUACGCAACAGAUUCCUGGCGCAGUUCAACGGCGAAUCGCCUGUACCUACAUCCGAACAUACUCUCGCUCCUAGGAAAUUAAACCUUCAGGAAGAAGCUGAUACGCCACCAGCGAAAAUGCCAAAAAUAUCAGCAGAACAAAGCGCGGGCGGCGUGAGUAUCGUCGCAAGUGAGGGGGGGGACAGGAGCUCUAGCAGUUCUAUGGGCGCGGUGGACGCGCAGCUGCAGCGGCUCAGCGCCGCGCUCAGCCGCUGCACGCCCCGCGCCCGCCGGAACAGGGACUCCACACCCGUGCCAGUGGCCCCACCUGAAACGGAGCCGGGACCGGAGUCCCAACCGAACACGGUCGGAUGGGACGACACCACGCCCGCCAAAAUAGUAGAGAUGAUCCAGUAUCUAGGCGGCGAGGUAUCUGACGGCGCCGAGUUAGAUCCCGAUGUGACACACUUGCUGUGCGCCGCGCCCGGGCGCAGUGAGAAGAUGUUGGGGUCCAUAGCGGCGGGGAAGUGGGUUCUGCACCCGGCCUAUGUGGUCCGGAGUAGAAUGCACGGGAAAUUCUUACCGGAGGAAGAAUUCGAAUGGGGCAACCCUAAAGCCAGUUGUCUACCGCAACUGAGUGCGGCGGAGCGUAUUCUUGCCCGCGCGGCGCACCGCUGGCGGGGCGCGAGGGCCCGCGGUCUGCCGGGCCCCUUCGCGGGCGUGGCCGCGCUGCUGCACGUGCCGCCCCCGCGCCGCCACCUGCUGGCGCGCCUGCUGGCCGCCGGGCAGGGCCCGUACAACGAUGAAAAUAUAACUGUCUGCUUCGCGGACGUGAAACGUUACCCAUUGUCGGACAGAGACGCUUCAUGGUUGAUCUCAAAAAGGAUACCAGUAUGUGCGCCGGUUCUUCUUAGCUCAUACCUGACAGAAGAUACGCCCCCAAACCCUGUAGAACAUUGCCUACCUGAUUUUAGACCCAAAUAG